UUGCGGAAAGCGAGAGGAAAGAAAGAAAAACGAAGGGGAAGCGAGGUGAGGAAAGGCAGCGCAGCGCACUCUGUCAAAUCCGUGCAAUCUCCGCCAUCUCCCUCUCACCAUCUUCCUCCUCUCUCCCCUUAUCCCAAAUUUCCCCAUCAAUCGCCACCCGCGCCCAAUUCCCCCACUCGAUUCGAUUCGACUCGGUCGGGAUCCCCCCAUGGCGAGCGGCGCCUCGUAGCGACGAAAUCGAGCCAGCGAGUGGAUGCGGCGCGCGCCAUGGCGGCCCUCGGUGGCGGUGGCGGUGGCGGUGGCGGAGGCGAGGGCGGAUCGGCGUCGAGGGUCGGGGACUGGGGUGUUGACUUGGGGGAGGGGUGGGACUGGAGGAGCAUCCCGAAGCUCCUCUCCUCCGCCUGCCUCUUCAUCUGCUCCGGAGGCUGUUUUGGAUGCUGUGAUAAGGCUGUGAGACAUGUAGGACAGCUUUCAAAGAGUUUAAUUACUCCGGACCAAAAUUACACCAUUGGGGACGAACUCUGGAGCACAACCACCAUCGAGGUCGAACAGUCAUGGGCUCUUGAUCAGCAAGGAGUGGGGAGCAGUCAGGGCCCUACUGAAUUUGUCAAUCAUGGUCUUGUUCUUUGGAAGGAGAUUAGGAAGGACUGGACUGCGAAAACAAGGCAAAUACCUGAGACGAAACAGAUUCGCGAACCAAUAUUGAGUUGGAAUGCAGCCUAUGAGAGUUUGCUUGGAUCCAAUAAGCCGUUUCAUCAGCCCAUCCCUCUACAUGAGAUGGUUGAUUUUCUUGUGGACAUCUGGGAACAAGAGGGGCUGUAUGACUAGCACAAAUGUUUUUAAUAAUAGUAACAUAGUUGUAGGCUUGAUGAUGAUGAGGUAACUUUGAGGUAACUUGGAGGGUUCGGCCUGCCAUACUUGUUUUUGAAUGGCGGCCAGUUGUACUUGCUUAAUACAAGGUUGUGGUUGUUGUAAUGUGAGAAAGGUCGAGAUUUAGACGCUUUGUCGAAUUGUCAAAGAAAGCAAAGCCAGAGAGAAAUUUGUAACACUAACUCAUGGACAUUAAUGUGAUGUGUGUCGAUAGAGAAGUAUAUACUACUUUGACAUUGUUGUUGCUUUCUA